AGCCAGCAGCUGUGGAGGAGAGCCAGGGUGAGACCCAGCUGUGCCCAGUGCGCAGCCCCAGGGAACCACCCCACUUCCGGGGCAAGGACAUGGGGACAGUCAGCAGUUUCUGCGGAGGAGGGGGGCGCCUGUGGGGAACAGAAGAGGGAAAUGAGGAAGAGGAGCCCUUCUGGCUGGGGAAAGUCACCUAAGAGGCCUCCCUGUGAGCCCGCGGGGUAGCUCAACUGUGGGGCCUGGAACCCCAGUGCACACACCCACCCAACCGCUACCGUCAGGGUGUCCGGAAGGAAGGAAGGAAGGGGUGAACCGACUGUGUGCUGGCCCUUGGAUUCUCUCAACAGCCCCGUGAUGAGGCCGGAUGCAGAAACUGAGGCACAGCACAGUGAAAUGAUGCGCCAAGGUCACUCAGCAAAUGGAUCUGAGGGAAGGACUGGACUCUGGCCCAAGAGCACGGAGCCUGGGCCUCUUCUCCCGAGGGCAUCCCAAGGCCUUGGCAGUGGGGGCGCCCCCCAUUGCUUGGCUGUGCCAUCAUGGGUCCUCUCCGGCCCAGAGGGUGCUGUCCGAUGGAUCUUCUGUAAUCAGCCCCAUCUUAGCCCCAGAGAGCACCAGCUUCCCGAAGCAGGACAAGUGGUGGUGGGGCCCUUCUGCAUCCCCACUGACACACAGCAAAACCGCCGCCAUCCGAGGCGCAGGGGAAGCUGGAAUCUGACCCGGGCAGGCGCCCGGCCUGGUCUCCAUGGCAGCCGCGGAUUUAUUACGGAGCCUCCACCCAGCUUGGCGGACUUUCGACUUGAAGCUGGGAGGAAAGGGACGGAGCAGAGUUGUGGGAGCCUCAAGCCCGCAAGCGACAGCCUGAGGCCCAGGAUGGCCAAGUUCCUUUCCCAGGACCAAAUUAAUGAAUACAAGGAAUGCUUCUCCCUGUAUGACAAGGAGCAGCGGGGGAAGAUAAAAGCCACUGACCUCAUGGUGGUGAUGAGGUGCCUGGGGGCUAGCCCAACACCAAGGGAAGUGCAGCGGCACCUACAGAUCCACGGGAUCGACAGAGAUGGAGAGCUGGAUUUCUCCACUUUCCUGACCAUGAUGCACUCGCAAAUAAAACAAGAGGAUCCAAAGAAAGAAAUUCUUUUGGCCAUGUUGAUGACCGACAAGGAGAAGAAAGGCUACAUCAUGGCGUCUGAGCUGCGGUCCAAACUCAUGAAACUGGGGGAGAAGCUCACCCACAAGGAAGUGGAUGAUCUUUUCAAGGAAGCAAAUAUCGAACCAAAUGGCAAAGUGAAGUACGAUGAAUUUAUCCACAAGAUCACCAUUCCUGUGUGGGACUACUGAAUGAAGAGAAUUGCAAGAGAGCCUCCCCCAGGCCUGAAAACUCAGACUGUGAAGUUUUUAAAAAGAAAAGGCUCUUUUACCCUGGCGGGGGGGGGGGGGGGGGGCGGGUAAAUGCUGCAGCAAGAUGAGAUGAGUUGACUGCAGCAGUGGCGGGGCGGAAACUCAGCAAUGACAUAAAAUGGUUUCAGCCUAGCAUUAGUAGUCUUUAAUAAAAGAUUUGUAUUGAUUUUUAA